UGAGGCUGUGCCAUUGAUUCAGUCCGUUGUCUGCUCACACUCACUUGUCACAGAUCUAUAAAUGACAAGUGCGCAGCACGACGGACUGCUGUUGCGGUGACGAGUAAAUCCAGAUGCUGUGUAAUCUGCGAAACUGCACCGUCCGCGCUCCAACGGACCAGUGGGCUUUUUUUUCCCCUUCUUAACCAGACGACGGGGCGGAAACGACACAUUUCGCUGUAGCCAAGCUAGCGGUUCUGUAUUUUCACAACAAACCAACAUAAACAGACGUAGCCGCCGUAUUAUUGCGAGACAAGGCUGUUCGCGUUUUUAAAUUUCGGUUCGGGUGGAACUUUUAAAACCAGUUAAAUUUGUAAGACACCGGAACCUGCUGGUCCCCAGGUCUACCUGAUGAGUAUGAGCCUGACUACAGAACCCUCUAGCGAUGGUCCUACUGUUACAGAAGAGAGCAAAAUGACUUCAGCUGAGAAGAAGGACAAGAAGGCAGAUGAUGUGCCGGAGGAGGAGGAGGAGGAGGAAGAAUAUGUGGUGGAAAAGGUACUGAAUCGGCGGGUGGUGAAAGGAAGAGUAGAGUACCUUCUCAAGUGGAAAGGCUUCUCUGAUGAAGAUAACACAUGGGAGCCAGAAGACAACUUGGACUGUCCAGAUUUGAUUGCAGAAUUUCUGCAGUCACAGAAAUCGGCACACGAUGGAAAGAGGAAGGCGACCGGAGACGCAGAAGGAGAUGAAAGUAAAUCAAAGAAGAAAAAAGAUGAUACAGAGAAGCUAAGGGGAUUCGCUCGGGGUCUGGAUCCAGAAAGGAUUAUUGGUGCCACAGAUUCCACAGGAGAACUCAUGUUCCUCAUGAAAUGGAAGAACUCAGAUGAAGCUGACCUGGUGCCAGCGAAGGAGGCUAACGUGAAGUGUCCACAGGUGGUCAUCUCGUUCUACGAGGAGAGACUCACUUGGCACUCAUAUCCCUCCGAAGACGAGAAGAAGGACGACAAAAACUAACACGGGGAAGAAAGAAAAACUGUAGUUUUGAACUUCGCUGUAUUUGAACAGGGGGGUGGGGGGGGGGGGGGUCAGGGAAGGGUGCAGAGAUAAGCAAGGCACCACUGGACUCAUUUGUCUUUUGGUGUAGUAUCUGUCACUUGACUCCACUUUUAUCUGGAUAAAAUCUAAGUGUAUAUAUGCUUCAGAUUUGCUUGACAAAACCCAGACGAAAGGAGCUGUAACACGCAGUGUUAAUUUUUCGUAUCCAUUCCAGUUUUACGAGUCGUUCGGCAGAUUCAGCAUCAUUUUCAGUUAUUUGGUCCAGUGCCCGCUCAUCAUGCCAUGAUGUUGUAUCAGUGAGGUGAUGUUUUUAUUUUAUUAGUGUGCCUUUUUUUACUUAGUUUACUGGUGCUUUUAAAGGUAAACGGUCAUCUUAGCUUUUUCCUUAGGCAGCUUGGUGUACAGCUCUGAACUCUUCAGUGAUUCAUUUGGUUAUUGCUAAUCUCUGUAGUGCUUCUCCUUCUAAUGUCUUGCUUGUUGCUUUUGGAGAAUAAAGCACUUUUUGUUACUGUGCUGUUU